AUGGGUAUUACUCGGGACUCGCGUCACAAGCGGUCGGCCACCGGUGCUCGCCCCAGCUUCUACCGCAAGAAGCGUCAGUUUGAGCUCGGUCGCCAGGCUGCCAACACCCGUCUUGGUCCUAAGCGCAUCCACGAUGUGCGCGUUCGCGGCGGCAACAUCAAGUCGCGUGCUCUCCGUCUCGACAGCGGCAACUUUGCCUGGGGUUCGGAGCACAUUACCGCCAAGUCUCGUAUCCUGGGUGUCGUUUACAACGCCUCGAACAACGAGCUUGUGCGUACGAACACACUCGUGAAGGGUGCUGUUAUCCAGAUUGACGCUACUCCCUUCCGCAUGGCGUACGAGAAGCACUACGGCCAGCCCGUGACCAAGCGUCGUGCUGCUGGUGCUCAGCCCACCGAGGAGGUGAAGAAGAGCAACCACGUUGAGCGCAAGCUGGUUGAGCGCCGCAAGGAUGCCAAGCUGGACCUCCUUGUUGAGCAGCAGUUUGCUGCCGGUCGCCUCUACGCCGUGAUUUCGAGCCGUCCUGGUCAGUCCGGCCGUGCGGAUGGCUACAUCCUCGAGGGCCAGGAGCUCGAGUUCUACAUCCGUCGUCUUCGCUCGGCCAAGUCGAAGCACGCUUAA